AUGAUGAUGGAGAACAUCGAGGAGCUCUCGCCCCUUCGCAUCACCCCUACAGUCCGUGCUCUGAGCUCCGCGCUGCGGGGGAAGCGUGAAGAUGUCCACGGUUCCAGCCGUGUAAACGGUGACAGGGUAUUCCCUGAACCGGAGAAGCUUUGGUUUAAGGAGAGCAGCGCUAAAAAUCUACGAAACAGGGACUUCUUGUCGCCGACCACGAUGCUUAACACGCUGUACGCCGACGGACAGGUCCCUCCAGCAGUGAUGUCCAGAGUGCUGUCCCUUCGUGGUAGUGGGGUUCUCCCUGUGGCUGGUGGGGAGGUGAUGGGUGAAGGUCUAAGGGUACGGGUGGAUCGGGCUGCCACAUUCAGGGCCGUUCUGGCGGGUGGAGCUGCAGAGUACCUGAAGCCCUUGAGUCAUAGGCAGGGCUGUGUGGUGCUCAACUGCCCCGCACUGCACCCUAAGUCCAACACACCCAGUCCUGACACAAUGAGUUUAGGCCAGCUGAGGACUGUUCUUCUGGCUGACCACAUGGGGGCACUGCUGAGAAGACAGGGAUAUGCCGUGUCCUUCUGCCCCACACUUCCUGAAGACAGCGACAUCAUCAGUUUCCUCCGAGCCCUGGGAAUCGAUUGGCCGACAGCCCCGGGUAAUUGGACGAAUGAAGAGCGGGAGGAGAAGAUUCAGGACUCGCUAGAGAAGUCUCAAUACAGAGAGAGGGAAAUGGAGAGAGGCAGGAGAGCUAGCGGAGGGGGAGGGAGGAAAGCAGAGGAGGGAGAGAACGAAGGAGCACUCAGGAUCAACCUGAAGCAAGUUUUUCAAGAGGAGGGGCUGCCGGGAUACGACCCCAGCCUUGGCACCUGCACGGUUAACAGAGACGGCGUUUCCCAAUUGGCACAACUGGACCUAUCCACAACUGACUGCACAGCAGCCAUGGUAACAGUGUUACAUGCGACUUCCUGUCAAGAUGAGUUCCGCCAGCAGCAGAUAGCAAUGCUGUGGAGAGCCAGCGGAGCCAAACACACACAGAGGCAUCUUGUUUGUGGGCCUGUGAAGACUCCUGGUUCACACCUGACUGCUGCACAGUACUUGCAGUUGAGAAGAGGUCAGAUGAAAGAGGCCUCCGAGAUGAAGUAUGGAGAUCAAGUAGAAGGUCAGACGUGGGAGGACAUCAUCAAGGUCAUGACCUCUGCUGCAGUCAGAUUUGAGCUGCUGUCGACUGUCCACACUAGUCCUGUGACGCUGGACGUCAAGAGGGAAGGCGGUGUGUCGACCAAGGGGCCCAGAGGAGGAGUGUUUGUGAUGUAUAACUGCGCCCGAUUGCACACUCUGUUCGACAGCUACGAGAGAGGAGUGGAGAAAGGUCUUUACCCAGAAAUCCCAGAGGACUCCCAGCUGGACUUCUCUGCUCUGAAAGAAGAGGGUGAAUGGCUUCUCCUGUUCAAUUACCUCAUUCCAUUCUCGGAGCUGCUUGAACAAUCGGGACAGGCUCUGGAUAGCGAAGGGGGUGGAGCCAGAGUGAACAUAAAAACUGAACAGAUCUGUAAAUUUCUCGUGUCGCUCAGUAAAGACUUUAGCUCCUACUACAACCGGGUCCACGUGCUGGGGGAGCCACUGCCUCAUCUCUUCAACCAAAUGUUUUGUCGUUUGUAUCUGCUGAGAGCAUUGAGAGAGCUCUACCACAGCGCUCUGGACACCCUUAACCUUCCCCCCAUCAGGCAACUAUAGCCCCGACAUAAUUCACCCACCCUUCACUGUUGGCUCUACCUCCCUGCCUUCCCUACGCACACACCAUAUCCAUGUGUAUUGUGUGUGUCUAGCUGACACCUUUUUUGGCAAUAUUAAAACAAAUUAUGACAUUUCACUUGCCCACUGUCCCGCUUCUGCAUUUCCCUGUCAGUGUAUUGUGACAUAUUCUAACUGUCUGGUUAUUUCAAUGAAUAGUGUAGCUACAUUAUAUAAAGUGGAUCCUGUUCUGUUUUUUUUUUUCUGGGCUGAAAGAUUUUCUUGGACAAUUUAAGCUGCUUGUAUGCUGUAAAAGAAAUAUUUUGACAUUUGGGUUGCUGCUUAUUUGCUUUCUUACUGACUGAUGAGAAAUUCUUCCUUGUCUCAAGCUGUGUGCUUUUGUACUAUCUCUUCACACACUUACAAAUACAGCUACAGAAGUGCUGCAUAAUUACCUGUCAGCAUUUCAGUUGUGUCAGUCUUCUGUACAUAGAAAAAGGGGCGAUGCCACUAACCAGCAGUCAUUUACAGUGAUGGCAUGCCAAUUGCUAGCUAGCCAGCAGCGGCAGCUUUUUUUCUGAUGGACAUGGUUUGCUGUUUCUUGGAGUAUAUGCCUGUUACAGUGUCAUGUUUACUAUUAGAAAUUUUGGCAAUAUAUGUGCGGUCAGAAGAUUGCAAAAUAUAGCUGCUAGCAGUUCAUGUUCUUUAACAUAAAAUGCAUAACUUGCCGUUUUUGAUUUAAGACUUAGCCAGUUAAAUUCACUUUACAAUACACACUACACUACACUAAACAAGUACUUAAGGUAUAUAGUAUACUACACUAUGAUAUACAUAAUAUGCUACGCAAGACAUAUUGCUUGGCACCCUUUGGAUGUAUAGAAAUUGGAAGCUACUACAGCUAGUUAGCUUUCCUCAGCUAGUUAGUUAGCUAAUUAUCUUAACGCGACAAGUGAGAAAAGAGCGAGCCUGGCUCUAAAUCAAGAUAACAAAGUCCACCUAUGAAUUUUUAAAGUGUGCUAAUUGGAACAUUAUAACUUGUUUGUU